CUUUUUUUUCCCCCCAUUUUUCAUUUCCCCCAGUUUCACGAAAAAAAACUCUUCUUCUUUCUUUUUCUUCCCCUUCCAAUCGCACGAUUUCCCUUCUCCACCACAUGUCGUCAAUUCGCCACAGUGGUUUCGCACAUGUCGUCGAUUCCCCUUCUCCACCAUGCUCUCCGCUCAGUGAUAGCUCAAGGUGCUUAUUGCGUUAAUGCUCCUCUGUGCAAUUUUUCCACAGUGAAGGCUUCUCCAUCUGAUGCCUCUUUGCAAUGUUCUUUUCUUCACAACUGUUUCACUCAUAUCAAAACCCUCCUCCGUCCGCCGUCCCUAUGCCCUAUCUCACUCAUUGCCCUCUCACUCUUCAGACUACCAACCAUCUCCUACCUUCAUCGUCUGUGGCGGUCUCUCAGUGGAAAUAUCUCAUCGUUGCCAUCAACUCCAACUGCAGUCAACAAUUGCCCCUUACAUUGUCCUUUCAGGUGGAAACCAUCUAUGCGAAUAAUCGACUUACAACCACUUAAGAGUCCCUUCUUACGAGCAUUUAGACACAUGUACAAUCGUUUGAAUAUCGGUUGUACUCCAUUAACUUGUCUAUCAACACUCUACAUAACUUAUUUCCUCCCAGUAUUACAACAACUUAUCAUUUUGUUAUUUUGAUGCUUCCUUUAUCAUUUUAAUGGCAAUCAGUUUUUCUCAA